AUGGAUGUCAAGCGUCUCAUCGGCAGGAGGUUCUCUGAUGCCUCUGUCCAGAGCGAUAUCAAGCUGUGGCCCUUCAAGGUCAUUUCUGGGCCUGGUGAGAAGCCAAUGAUUGUUGUCCAGCACAAGGGUGAAGAGAAGCAGUUUGCAGCUGAAGAGAUCUCCUCUAUGGUUCUCAUCAAGAUGCGUGAGAUCGCUGAAGCUUACCUUGGCAGCACCAUCAAGAAUGCUGUUGUGACAGUCCCUGCCUACUUCAACGACUCACAUAGGCAGGCCACAAAGGAUGCUGGCGUGAUUGCUGGCCUCAAUAUGUGCUGCGGAUCAUCAACGAGCCAACUGCUGCUGCUAUUGCCAAAGGACUGA